GCUCCCGCUCCCGCUCCCGCCGCCGCCUCCGCCCGCCGCCCCGGCCGCGUCGGGUAAACCUGUUUAGCUAGGCGGCCGCGCCGGGGCGGAUCGUGCGGCCGGCGGCUCCCUCGCGGCUCGCGGCGUCGGGGCCCGUGGCGCGCGCGCGGCCGCCCCUCGGCCCCGGAGUCCCUCGGCGGCGCCACCAUGUACUCGGGAGCCGGCCCCGCACUUGCGCCUCCUGCACCGCCGCCACCCCCCAUCCAAGGAUAUGCCUUCAAGCCUCCACCUAGACCCGACUUUGGGACCUCCGGGAGAACAAUCAAAUUACAGGCCAAUUUCUUCGAAAUGGACAUCCCCAAAAUUGACAUCUAUCAUUAUGAAUUGGAUAUCAAGCCAGAGAAGUGCCCGAGGAGAGUUAACAGGGAAAUUGUGGAACACAUGGUCCAGCACUUUAAAACCCAGAUCUUUGGGGAUCGGAAGCCCGUGUUUGAUGGCAGGAAGAAUCUGUACACAGCCAUGCCCCUUCCGAUCGGGAGGGACAAGGUGGAGCUGGAGGUCACGCUCCCGGGAGAAGGCAAGGAUCGCAUCUUCAAGGUGUCCAUCAAGUGGGUGUCCUGCGUGAGCUUGCAGGCGUUACACGAUGCACUUUCAGGACGGCUGCCCAGUGUCCCUUUCGAGACGAUCCAGGCCCUGGACGUGGUCAUGAGGCACUUGCCGUCCAUGAGGUACACCCCUGUGGGCCGCUCCUUCUUCACCGCAUCUGAAGGCUGCUCCAACCCUCUUGGCGGGGGCCGAGAAGUGUGGUUUGGCUUCCAUCAGUCUGUCCGGCCUUCUCUCUGGAAAAUGAUGCUGAAUAUUGAUGUGUCGGCCACAGCGUUUUACAAGGCACAGCCAGUAAUCGAGUUUGUUUGUGAAGUUUUGGAUUUUAAAAGUAUUGAAGAACAACAAAAACCUCUGACAGAUUCCCAAAGGGUAAAGUUUACCAAAGAAAUUAAAGGUCUAAAGGUGGAGAUAACGCACUGUGGGCAGAUGAAGAGGAAGUACCGUGUCUGCAACGUCACCCGGCGGCCCGCCAGUCACCAAACAUUCCCGCUGCAGCAGGAGAGCGGGCAGACGGUGGAGUGCACGGUGGCCCAGUACUUCAAGGACAGGCACAAGCUGGUUCUGCGCUACCCCCACCUCCCAUGUUUACAAGUCGGACAGGAGCAGAAACACACCUACCUUCCCCUGGAGGUCUGUAACAUAGUGGCAGGACAAAGAUGCAUUAAAAAGUUAACGGACAAUCAGACCUCAACCAUGAUCAGAGCAACUGCAAGGUCGGCGCCUGAUCGGCAAGAGGAGAUUAGCAAGUUGAUGCGAAGCGCGAGUUUCAACACAGAUCCAUACGUUCGUGAAUUUGGAAUCAUGGUCAAAGAUGAGAUGACAGACGUGACUGGGCGGGUGCUGCAGCCGCCCUCCAUCCUUUACGGGGGCCGGAAUAAAGCGAUUGCGACCCCUGUCCAGGGCGUCUGGGACAUGCGGAACAAGCAGUUCCACACGGGCAUCGAGAUCAAGGUGUGGGCCAUCGCAUGCUUCGCCCCCCAGCGCCAGUGCACAGAAGUCCAUCUGAAGUCCUUCACAGAGCAGCUCAGAAAGAUCUCGCGGGAUGCCGGCAUGCCCAUCCAGGGCCAGCCAUGCUUUUGCAAAUACGCGCAGGGGGCGGACAGCGUGGAGCCCAUGUUCCGGCACCUGAAGAACACGUACGCAGGCCUGCAGCUGGUGGUGGUCAUUCUGCCCGGCAAGACGCCGGUAUACGCCGAGGUCAAGCGUGUGGGAGACACAGUACUGGGGAUGGCCACACAGUGUGUGCAGAUGAAGAAUGUGCAGAGGACCACGCCACAGACCCUGUCCAACCUCUGUCUGAAGAUCAACGUCAAGCUGGGAGGCGUGAACAACAUCCUGCUGCCCCAGGGCAGGCCACCGGUGUUCCAGCAGCCCGUCAUCUUUCUGGGAGCGGACGUCACUCACCCGCCCGCCGGGGAUGGGAAGAAGCCCUCCAUUGCCGCCGUGGUGGGCAGCAUGGAUGCCCACCCCAAUCGCUACUGCGCCACCGUGCGCGUGCAGCAGCACCGGCAGGAGAUCAUUCAAGACCUGGCCGCCAUGGUCCGUGAGCUCCUCAUCCAGUUCUACAAGUCCACGCGCUUCAAGCCCACCCGCAUUAUCUUCUACCGCGACGGCGUCUCUGAGGGCCAGUUCCAGCAGGUUCUCCACCAUGAGCUGCUGGCCAUCCGAGAGGCCUGUAUCAAGCUGGAGAAAGAUUACCAGCCCGGGAUCACGUUCAUCGUGGUGCAGAAGCGGCACCACACGCGGCUCUUCUGCACGGACAAGAACGAGCGGGUUGGGAAAAGUGGAAACAUUCCAGCGGGCACGACUGUGGACACGAAAAUCACCCACCCCACCGAGUUCGACUUCUACCUGUGCAGCCAUGCUGGCAUCCAGGGGACAAGCAGGCCUUCACACUAUCACGUCCUUUGGGAUGACAAUCGUUUCUCCUCUGAUGAGCUGCAGAUUCUAACCUACCAGCUGUGUCACACCUAUGUGCGCUGCACACGCUCCGUGUCCAUCCCAGCGCCAGCGUACUACGCUCACCUGGUGGCCUUCCGGGCCAGGUACCACCUGGUGGAUAAGGAACAUGACAGUGCUGAAGGAAGCCAUACCUCUGGGCAGAGUAAUGGGCGAGACCACCAAGCACUGGCCAAGGCGGUCCAGGUUCACCAAGACACUCUGCGCACCAUGUACUUUGCUUGACAUGUUUUAGUGUUUAGCGAUUGUGUAUUGAGGGGGAUUCACGAGACCAGCUACACUCAGACCAACAGAUGGCCAGCCCUUCCGUGACAGCCAGCAUCAAACAUGAGACGUCAUUGAUUUUAUUAGAUUCUCCGUUUUCCAGAAUGCCUUCCGUCCCAGAUUUCAAACUUGGAUUUUGAACUGCAGACCUGUAUGAGAACCCAAUGUCAUAGGAAAUAUGGUUUGCUAAAAUCUAUAAGCUGCUUACUAAAAUAGAGUCCCGUGUUUCCUAAAAAUCUCCUAAAACCAGUCUAUGAACUCAGGGCUUUAAAACAUUUUUAAUUUAUUUGGUCAUUCAAUUUACUUGUUUUUAAUACAUGAUUCUCUAUGAAAUUGGUGGGCUCAAACUAGCUGUGAAUCUUCUGAGAGAGAAAGCAACACAAAACACAGUUGUGGUUUUAAAGCCUUGAACAUUCUGAUGUCACUAAAGCUGAUUUUCAGGCGCGGCUCACCCAGGCUCUGCAGCCAAGGGCGGGUGGCCGUGCAGAGGCGUCUGCAGGUGCCGUGUCUGCCAGCACCACCCUUCACCCAGCCUGAACCCAGGAGCAGUGGCAGAAGGUGGGCCCCGUGUGUUUACAGCAUUUCCAGGUCCAGAGAGGUUGGCAGACAAGUGCCAUUUUAAUAAAAAUGUAUUUAAAAAAAAAGAAAAAAGACAAUAUACUGACAGUCUAAUCAUCAGAUUUGUCCUAUAGGACUGUGACAUUUAUUUUCCAAAGUUUCUAAAGAAUACGGGUCUGUGGUGAUAAAUACAGUACAAUCCUUUUUCACUGUUAUGUCUUUAAUGUAAGAGAAAAAUAUAUAUAUCUGGUUUGCAGUAUUAAUGUGAUAGAUAGAUGCUGUUUUUUCAUUUUAUUGACUAUGGGGUGCUUCUGUGAUCUGUUUAGCAUAUCAAGAGUGUUUUGGAGCUUGGGGAUGGGACCGCCUCUCAGUUCUUAGUGCUUAAGUACAGGAAUAUGCAAUUGACUUUAUGUGACAGCAGCCUGCCUCCCCCCGUGGAAACUGUGCAGCCUGUACCCUCGGGAGGGGCGGGUGUGCCCUCUGCACUGCUCGCCGCCCUCCCUGCUGCCUCGUCCCCGUGUGUUACUCAGCUGAUGAAGCACAAGUGGAAGUUAUUUAUUCUUGCAUUGCUGGGAAACACAUUCAUGUGUGGGGUGCACUCUCUCCCCUCUCCGUGUGUGCUUUUGUCAGAUGAGUUCCAUAGAUGUAUGCACUGAGAUUCGUAGAAAGCUGUCGGUGGUGGCUCUGCUGGACGUGAGGCCGUCAGUCACAGUGAAGGAGCCUGCCUGGCCCUGGGAGGCCCGAGGAUGGCAGGGCCAGCAGAGGGCACAGGACAUUCUGCUUGGGUUUGCAUUUGGGGCCCCAGACGUGGGUUUGCCAAUCUAGAAACCGUUGCACUGCAGACGGUUUUGAAGUCCAAGAACAGACAGGUCUGUUUGUGCUAAGUGGGCUUUUGGUCUCUGUACAGUUUCAGUAAGACUCCAAUCCAUGUUCCAUUAGAGGCGUCAGGAAGGAGGCCAGCCUCCCCUAGUGCUGCUCUGCGCUCCAUAGGUCCCCUCUUCCUGCUGCUGUCCCCUCCCCGGCCCUGCGUGACACUUACCUCGGCACAGCGGUGGGGUGUGGUGCCAAAGGAGCUGCUUGCUGCUGAGCGGCACCCCCUCCGCCUUCGUGCUCAGCUGCUUCGGAGGUGGCGGGAGGAGCGGCAAGCCACCGGUGGGGGUCCCCGGAGCCUCGCCUGGAUGUUGGCGGCAAUGACAAAGGGAUGACUAUUAUUUGUGAAGAUGUGUACUCAGAGUUGUGUGUGCGUGUCUGUGUCUGUGUGUGUGUGUCUUAUUAACGGUAUUAGUCUCUUUUGGCUGUAUCUUUUUUUUUUUAAAUCUUUUUAAAUGACAGAAGCCCCCGCUCUAAGAAAUCGCGAUUCCCUGUUGUUUUGUAGGCCAGUGGCACUUUCUCCUGUUUUCAGAAGGAUAGAGACAGGGUUGGAGCUUAAAUUAACAGAUGCAUUCAAGCUAAGGGGGGAAUCUUUUGACUAAUAAACUUUUCACAUCUGAAAUUAGAUUAGUUUCCAGCCAUUUUUAGAAUUAUCUGGAACCAUGUGUCUCAAAGGUGUGUUUCUUCCACCUGCAUCAGGCUCUCUGUCUGGGGGAUGCUGGUGGUUCUUGUUUAUAAUGCAGAUUUGUGGGCCUGCUCCUACCUCCUGAGGAGGUGCUUCAUGGCUGGCCUGGCAGGUGCAUCUAAGUGAUGGCCUGCGGCCCUGGGCUCCGAGGACCCAGUCCUGGCGGCCCCCCAGCAAGGAGGGGAUGCUUCCUGAGUGGAUGCAUGGGACAGAUUGAGCUGGCAGAAAAGUAGAACUACAAUUUUUUUCUUAAAUCAUUUUGAAGCAAAGUUUUCUUUUUAGUGGGCCAAAGUACUUUGAGAAGGGUACUUUUUAUAGCUCUAUGCUUGUUUUAUAAAACUUACAAUACUAGAAACAUGAACAGACCAAACAUCUCCAGCUGGGCCGGCUGCACACCUUUGUACAUGUCCGAUGAUUCAGAGUUUAAAUGGCUGUAGUUACAAUUUCUCAGGAAAAUAGUUGUUUUCUCAAAUUUCUAGCAAUCCCUGCAUCAUUAGGCUAAAUUUCGAGACAGUGUACAACCUCAGAUUACAGUAGGGUAAGUCCCAGCCCUAUACGUGUGGAAGCCAGAGGCGGCCCCUUCCCCGGUGUCUGAAGGGUGCCUAGGGCCUCCUCCUUCCCUGUCCACGGCUGUCCUCCCCGAAAUACCCAGGCCUGUUGAGAUUUGAGGUGUGCCCACUCGCUGGCUUUGUCCCCAUCCCACUGUUAAGUAAGGUGUGCCUUGCUUUAAGCAAACUGAAUGUGAAAAUAACCAUGUAGAAGUCUGGGUUUGUUCAAAAGAAAAACUGGGAUUUUAUCUUAUCUCUUUAAAAGAGGUCUCCCAAUUUGAUUCCUGUACUGGGACUCUUCCUGGUAUAUUUUUACAUGUUCACUUUUUGAAAGCAUUAAUGUACUCCCAUCCUUUUGCCGCUAACCUGUCCCAUUUGACAAGUUCUUGCUGUAACGGCAAAGCAGUUAAUGAACCUGAACACCUGGGGAGCCGUGGAAAGCUGCCCUCAGGGCAGAGACCUUCGGUGGUGGGAAGCCGCCAAUCUGUUGUUUGUGUAUCCCAAGCUCAGGUUUUCCUGGUUUGGAGAAAUUUUGUAAAACUGGGCAUGCACAGCUGUACUUCUAGAAGGGGAUUAUUUUCCUUAGGGUUUGGUUUUCUCUGGUUCAAGCCGUCUUCACAUGGAGAAUUUUGAUAGCACGUUAGAGUCUGCCCUUGGAAGAUGAUGAUGCUUUUCAGUGACGGCCUCACACUCCUUUGAAUGAAUGUCUGCACUCUAGAACCACAAACGAUGCGCGGCCAUCGUCCAGCUUGCCCGAGAGGGAACUGUCGGGAGCAGGCAGUGACCUCGCGCUGUUUGUCAGAGGCUGACCCAAACUGCUAUCACUAAUGUUUACCCCAGUGACUGAGUGCGCAUUAGAACAGGUCAUGUCAGUUCACUUCCUGGAGCGGGCUUAGUGGCUGGGGGUUUUUAUCGUUGUUGUUAUUUGUUACUUUUAUUGCUGUUAAAUGCAAGUGUUGCUAUUUAUUUUUUUCUUUCUGCUCGGGUUUGGUUUGGUUUGGCCAACACAGAUAUUCCAAUGCAUGUGGUACCUAAUGGAUAUGAUAGGAAUUAUUUCCCCAACUUUUAUAAAUCACCUAAUGUUUACCUUCAAGUUUGCUGGAUGAUUUAUUUUUGAAAGCCACAAAUGUGAUUUUUCUGGAUGAAUUGUUUUUCUUAUAUAUGCAGCCGUGUAAUUUUACAUUGGUCUGCAGGGUGGUUUAAAUUUUAUUUUUACAAGGCAGUUUUUCAGUCAGAUUAUAUAUUUGAUACAAUAUGCUAAGGAUUGACUGGCCAUGAGUCAGGUGGCCGGACACCGGCAUGUCCCCGGGAGGCCUCUGGGGCUGGGGCGGCUUCUCGGCUGGUGGCUGGUAGCUUGUUCCUUGCGCCUCUGGGAACUGGGUGUGUCCUUCAGCAGGACCGUGACCCCCUGAGCAGUUAAAAGGAUUUUUCAUGGGCAUUUUCCUACACAUAAGGCAGUUCCAUUAGCAGGAGCUUUAGAAGUUGACAUAAUCCAGACAGUGGACAAUCCCAGUGGCCCAGACAAGCCAUACGACAUUUCUCCUGUGACCUCUCUCUGACCUAUCUCUCACGCUCAUGAGAAAAGGAAUGUACAAUAAAUAGAAACAGGAACUUCCUCAGUGCUCAUGCGCCUCACCUGCAGAAUGCGAGUAUCUUAUUUAUGUUUGAAACCCUUCCCCAAAGUGACUGAGAAGUUGCGCUCUAGCUGCGGUGUCAGCAGUUUUUUCUGCCGUGACGCUUUCCGGUGUAGAUGCAGUGCACAUGUGACUUUGUCAUGUGGGUGCCCCUGUUACACACACACAUGCUGACUCUCUUUUGUAAGGAAAAUCUUCAACUCAAAAUAAUUGCACUGAUUUUUUGACAACUUCUUUAUACGAUGUCCAGCUUCGCAUCUGCUGUACUUGUCUGAGACGACUGUAAAUAGAUUUCUGGUAGAAGUGAUAUGAAUGCACGCGGGGCUCUGUUGUGGAGACACUGCCUCGUAUUCAGUAUUAUGUGUUAGAGUUGUGUGGAUUUAACUCUGUUCCGCCCUUGAGCUUCGUGUCUGUUGACCAUUGAUGAAGGACAAAUUUCACCUCGUUUCUUUUUCUUCUGAAGGGAAGUUUUAGGUCUGUUACUGGGAGAACAUGGUCUCUUGAUGCCUGAUGGUUUAGUCCUAGGUGGGCUCGUUGCAGUCUUGUGAACGCUGUUCUGAUCUGUUUGAUUCCUCGUUGCUGGCCAUGGCUCCCCAACGCAUGGUCUCUGAGUUCUUCCCAGAGCUGGGCAGGCCGGACGGGAGGCACCUGUUGCGCCUGCUACUAGAACGCGAGGGCCUCCUUUUCGUCUCUGUGGUCAGAGUCAUUUUAAAGCCAUGAGGUGACUGUCGUGUCAAAGCCAUCAUUUGCCCAUCGUGUUGCCGGAGUAGCAGCGUGUGCUGUAGCCCCCGUGUAUCACUCUGUGGUCAGGCUACCCUGUGUCAGGCCUAGCAAGGAGUUUUUCAGCCCAGACCAGUCUGUGUGUGUAUGUCCGAGUCACAUCAGUGCCAUUACGGUGCCCUCGCUUAUGCUUCUUUGGGUAUGUUUUGCCAUGUUAUUGUCUAAAGUGAAUGUAUUGGCUUAGCCAAAUUACUACAGAAGGUGGUUCCUAAAUACCUUUUAGUUAAAAAAAAUUACAGUUAAAGGCUACCUCUGAAUUCCCAGUAGACUCAUCAUGUUUGCUCUUAAGUGUAGCUGUCCACACUGAAAACAGCCAAGAUGUUGCCUGAAUAAACUGAAUUGUGAACAUCUAUCUGUUCAGUUCUGGCUUGAAAAUGUGUGUGCCAUACUGUGACCCAUGGGCAGCCCCCUCCUCCUCUGCCGGGUCAGGUGGUCCAGGGUCACCUCCGUGCCGCGCAGCUCUGAGAUGCUGGGAUUCUACAGUCGGCACGAAAAGCAUGGGAGGGUUCUCUGCUCGGGACAGCAUGCUGUCCUUCAUGCUGGCAGGAGCAUCUGCGCAGGGUUGCGUGUGGCAAAACCUUGAGACAGCCUGUGUCCUACCUGGCUUUCCACUUCCCUGUUUAAUAUAAGAAAGCACUUUUUUUUCUGCUUUACCUACAAAUGGAUUGAAAAUGGCCUCCUCUGUCCUGUCCUCCCUUUUAUACACUCUGUAAAAUCACAAAGGUGCUUCAACACCAACUCUCAUGUAAGUAAUAGAUUUUAAAUAGUUGCAAGGUUUCAAGGACGAUGCGGACGCCAUUGGCCUUUGACUUUGGGACCUGGGUUACUCUCACUCUCUACUGCAAAACAAACUAAGGGUUGAAAGCAAAGUCUUCUGUUCCAAUCCAGGGUCCUUUGUUUGAAAAGAACACAGGGCCCACAGCUGGUGUUUUGAAGUUUCCACUAGUGGCACAGUGGACCAUCUGACACUCACUUGCAGGAAGUCGGUCCUGGGAGCGCGGAUGGGUCUGAACACCCCUCCCCGUGAUUGAACCACUUUGCUGUCAGAAAUGUCAUUUCCCCUAACCUACACUGUGCUUCGGACCUGGCCCUCUUUCGCUUCUUGCUUUGGGUUCCAUGUGAUCCCCCAUCUUCAGGUGAGCGCUGGCUCCAAAACGUUUCCAUCAGUUUACUCCUGAGUUGACAGGCGAUGGUCUUACAGUUGGAGGCUCCUGGGUGUUUGGAGGGGGCCCCGCCCUCAUAUUGGUUGCUCAGCAGACAUUGAAUUUGGCCCAGGGGCUCACACUGUCAUUACCUGGAAGCAAUUGCCUUUAAUGCUGCUGUUCUGGGUUUCAUGCUUUUUAUGCUUUGUUGAGCGCUUGAAUUUCGGAAGAGCUAAGUGUCCUUUGCCGUCUCUCAGAAUGUUUUGUCAUUCUGCCACCAGACUGUUCCAUGUGAACAGACCUCUAGAAGCUUGGGCACUCGGGGUGGGGGGUGGGUGUCCCACUGCCUGCCGCCCCGGGUAUUGGCUGCUCGUGUCCACUGCGCUGGCCUUGGGCUUUCUGCCAGAAUCUGGUCCAGGGUGUUUGAGGAGACUGAAGCAGCUCGCCCCUCAACUCGGUCAUGGAGCUGCUGCUUGCAGAUCCACUGCAGGCUUCCCGCCCCUGCAUCUCCCACCAUCUCAGCGUUCGUAAGAAUUUACUCAGAAGUGAGAGAACUGAGGAUUCCUGGUGCUUUUGUUAACACGUUUCUAUCUUACUGGUUGGUGUGGAAGUUUUAGAUGUGUUGUUAGGUCUUUAAAUGCCGUGGGUGGUAUAACUAAAGGAUUAAGUCCUCACCUCACCCCCCCCAACCUCCUUUUGGGGGUUAGGAAGAGGCUGAAUUAUCUCCUAUUUAAAACCACCUUGGAUUUAAGUAGUUUGGAGUUAAAGCUAAAACACCAAAUAUUAACUCUUUCCCCCAGGUGUCUCCAGGAACUGGACAUUGGGGCCAUUCUCAUUCAGUUCUUUCUGCAGCUUCAAGGUCCUUAAAAUGAGUGAGUUGAUCCCAAGAACACCCCACACCACCGGCCAGUGGGGCAUCAUGCAGGCGAUUUCAUAGAUCAGGUGCUUGUGUAGGGGUCCAGGGCUCCUUUGAACUCUGGGAGUUGUGUGCGCAGUCUUGGGUGGGAGAGGGCAGGCCCCUCUGUCCCAAGAGGCCGGUGGUGCCCAGGCCUUCCUCUGGUCUCCAUCGUUGCCAGCCUGAUCGCGUUCUGGAAGAUCCAGUCUUAGACUCUGUGCCUUUUAAGUCCGGUCCUCAGUGUCCUUUCAGAAUCAUGUGGGGCUGCGUUUCUCUGGGGAACUAAGCCAGUGCCAUUCCACAAGGCAGGCAUGGACCUCCAGCCUUGGAAGCUUUCUUUCUGCUCCUCAGCCCCUGACUUGUAAACUGUGAUGCCACGUGGUCUGGAGCCUCGGAGGACGCACUUGGUCUCGGAAAACACUUGGUUCCAGUCGCGUGGUUUCUCCCAUACCCUGACCAAGUCCCCCUCUGCCAGGAUCGCGGGAGAUUGGUGCAAGACCCAUCUCUUAGAUGUUGACCAUGACCAUCAGCAAAGCCUGGUGGUCUUGUUCUCAUAGUCACUUGACAAGAAUAUUUAUUGUAAUGGAAGUAGGUUUUUUUUUUAAAAGGAAUUGGAAUCAUGUCUUUGUAGAAUGUGUGUGAAGUCCUCCGCUGUAAGGUGCUAUUCAGUCCUGUGACCCUCAUUUUGGAACGCUCUUCAUUGCUGCUGCUCUGUUUUGUGGCUUACUUAGGUGUGCUGUCACCUUGAACUGUGCACGUAGGACACGAGUUUUGACUUAUCCGACAGGCAAUUUUUAUCUCUAGCUUUUUCAAGCCAGGUAUUGAGCAGUUUCUUGGCCAGUGGCCUGAGAAGCCACCUUUCCCUGUCAAGGGGUGAUUUUAUUGGUUUUAAGCAGGGAAGUAAUCCCAUGUACUUUUUUUUUGUUUGGAAACCGAGUCUCGCUGUGUCACCAAGCUGGAGUGCAGUGGUGCAAUCUCGGCUCACUGUAACCUCUGUCUCCUGGGUUCAAGCAAUUCUCCUGCCUCAGCCUCCCGAGUAGCUGGGACUACAGGCGCGCACCACCAUGCCAGGCUAAUAUUUGUAUUUUUAGUAGAGACGGGGUUUCACCACCUUGACCAGGAUGGUCUUGAUCUCUUGACCUCGUGAUCUGCCCACCUCAGCCUCCCAAAGUGCUGAGAUUACAGGCGUGAGCCACCGCGCCUGGCCACUUAUUUCUUAAAUACCUAACAAGUUCUUCUUGGUGGCUCCUCUUGGCUGUCUCCUCUUUCUCCCCCAACCCUCCAUCCUUUCGAGGAAUGGCCUUUCCCUCCGCAGAGACACACACUGCAGAGGGAGCGCUGUGGCGGCAAUUCCAGUUCCUCUUCAAAGCCAAACACACACGCGUGACUGAAACCCUAGUGUGGAGGGUGGCGUGGCGUUGAAAUUCCAGGCCUGAGUUUGAUAGUGGAUUUUAAUAUAGUUGUUAAAGGUAUGAAUUCAUGUUUUAUAACUGUAGAGGCAAGCAAGUUUUUAUUUUUAAAAAAGUUUUGAGAGAAUAAUUUAUAAGUUUCUGUGCAGCAAAGUGGCUAAUUACUCAUUAAAUACAGGAAAAGAAUGUAGUAUCUAAAUCCAGCUUUUUCUUACCUCUGGUACACUUCAGAUUACUUACCUAAUACAUAUUGAGGGGUUUUAACCCUUAGUUUUAUCAAUUUUUCUAGUUUUAUUUUAUUUUUAUAAAAUAAUUGAAAAAGAACCAAAAAUGAAUUCAAAAGUUCCAUAGAUGGAUUUUUGCCCCUUCUUAAUUUUCCCCCACAGUAAAAACACUUUAGAAGACAUUUUGAAUCAACAUGUAUAGUGACCAUGUAAGGUUCACUAUUUUCUAAGCAGCUGAGCAGCUCCAGGGCCUCGUUUCAGGGUACUCUGUGUAUUGUCCACAGGCUUGUUUCUCCCUGUACGGUGGAACUGUGUGACCACGUCUUGUGCUUGCAAAAUAGAAACCAUGCAGUGCUGUUUUGUAAAUUGACAGUUUCUGUAUAAACUCUUAUUUAUAUACAUUGGCCUCUCUGUAUGAUUUUCCAUUUGCUACAUGAAUUGUAAAAUUAAUUAUAAAAUUGUAGUACCUGCUAAAUACAAUUCUGAGGCUUCAUGUCAUUGUCUUUAGUUGAAUACCAUGCUGUGUGUCCUGAAGAUGUCCAUGCUUGCAUGAUACCAGGUGGCGAUGCCACGUUACAUUAAGCCUUAAUCAGAUGCUAAAUUUGUAAGUUUCAGAGUAUGCAAAAAUAUCAGGCAGAGUGAGUGUAAACUGUUCAGAUCGAGAUGCUGUGUCAUAAUUCAAGUUAUUUUUUCUGGAGUUAAAAAGGGAAGCAUUUGGUGAUACACCUCUCUGUCUCUGUCUCUCUCUCGUCUAGCUUGGCUACUGCCAUAGCUUGAUGAACAUGGACCAUUGUGCAUUUCUGUGACAGUCAGUCAAAAAGACCUGUGCUGAAAGUCUUGCGACUUUUUCAGGGUUUUUCUGUUUUUGUUUUUUUUUUCAUGUUUGAUUUUUUUCCCCUCCAGUCUGAGAUUUCUGUAUGGCUGAUGGAGAGUGCAAUUUGGGCGUAGGUCUUAUUUGCAAACCUGCUCAUGUUCUAAGCUUUCUUCAGGUAGUACCACCUGUCAUCGCUUUUGCAUAUGAUUUAAAUGGACUUUUGUUUUCAUAAAAGCAUCAUAAAUUUAGAGAUAAAAUGGAAGGGACCCAGCUUUCUUUACAAUGUGGAUCUACCUCAGUUAAACAGUUGGGUGCUAUACUAAGUCUGUCAAAUUAAAUUGGAAAAAGUAACCUAAACAGUGAGAUGUAACUCCACAUGAAACUUGAAAUUGUAGUUUCCGUUUAUUUAAUGAUAUUUUUAUUUAUUUGUGCCUUUUAUGUUGAACCCCAAUGCAUUGAAAAAAAUCAGUGUGAGAGACUACAUAUUUUAUAUUCCAGGUGGGGAGGAAAGUCCAGUUGGUCGUGGAAUUUGAUAGACUUUACCCCAGCCAACUGCUACAGCAUAUUAGAAUCCUGACUGCCCGCCUCCCCUGCAACCCUGUGAAAAGAAAAAAAAAUGCCCAAGAGCAAAUCUUCACAUUUUACAAACAAUAAAGUCCAAACUCCUCUAUGCACAUAUUUACAGCUCCACUUCAUUUUCUGUGCCAGUGGAGGGGCAGCCAGAAAAAUUCCCAAGUACCCUCAUCAUUGCUUUUCUAGCCAUUCAUGCCCCCUCUUCCUCUGGCACAUUUUAUAAGAGUUUAUUUCAUAAGCAGCAAACAGACUGUUGUCGAUUUCAUCUCUCCUGACCUACCUGGUGGAGGUGCUAAUGACCAUGGACAGAAAGGGGCGAGCCAGAGCUCGUGGCUUUGUGGAGGCGGAGGCCUGUAUUCAGCAGUGGCCCAUGUGCCUGUGAGUUGGGAAGGCUUUCUGACAGGUAAGAAAUUGAGAUAGGGUGAUGACUUACCAUGCUUUUAUAUUUGGCAGUUUACAAUUCUAGAACUUUUCCUACUAUGGCGAUCUUUUUUUACUUAAUUCUUUGGAGGUAACAAUAUUUUGGAGUCUUAAGAAUUUUGAUUUUAUACCAAUAAGAAAUACAAAUUAGGGAUCUUUCCUGUAGUACAUAGUUUUACUAUUUUAAAGAGAUCUCAAUUUUACAAGAGAACCAACAUUCCUUACUGGCAGAACUUUGAAAGUUGAUUUGGGAGGCUUGUUGCUGCAGGAUCUCAAAAAUAGAAAGAGAGAGAUGAUUCUACUUAAAUGUUUUUAAUUUUCUAACUUCCAUCAGGUUGAUACUUAAGCUCUAUUUUGUAAAGAGUAAAUCAUCCUUUAGUAUGCUGCAUACGAUGAUCAGCAUUCUUGCACUUUCUCAGUAAUAAGGCGUGCCCUGCAAUUGGCCCCCCAGGACGCAUUGUGUUUUUAACCUAACGAGAGGACUUUGGGGCAGGUGAUUAAAUUUAUAUAGGUACCUCAAGAAAAAGAACCUGACUAUGCUGCAUUUUCUUUCUUUAGCUUCUACAUGUAGCAUUUUGUUUUCCUUUUGUUAUUUUUGUUUAGAUAUAUGCUUUUUGGACCCCAAUAGACUGUUGAAAGAAAUUUAAAAAUUACUCUUGUAGAGAUAUAGUAUCCUUAAAAAAUAAACUAAAAAAACCAAAAUUAAAAAAUUAAACUUGCUGCAGUAUCUGGCUCGAAGGUUGCCCUAUAUUAGCAUAAUACUUUAGCCGCAUACACCUGAGGAGACGGAUACUAUGUGGAUAAGCAGACAAUAAUGUUCUGAAUCCUUUCUGUUCAUGCUGCUUUCUUAAUUCGUUCCUCCAUGUCAUCAAGAGGUUGGAUAACUUAUUUCUAAGGUCAAGGCUAAAAACCAUGUCACUUUUUUUUUCUUUUCAACACAGACCUCAGAAAAGUUGUGAUUGAGGAAGUAGCAUGAUCCUAAAUGUGUUGCUGAAAUCAGGCAGCCUGAGCCUCUGGUCUCUCCAGAGAGCCUGUCUUCACAUUUCUCUAUUCCUCAGCACUCACCCUCAACUGAACAGAUGGGGAGUGGUCUUGAUUGUCAAGAUAAAACUGGUGAAGAAAGCUACAUGCUGAGAAAGUGAGCAUCUAUUGUCAUGUUUAAGCUUAGCUGGGUCCUUUCUAGUUUGUUUUUACAGCUUACUAGGUUAAGUAGUUUGCACUAUUUUUGCAAUAAAUUCAUGGAAACCCUAACAGUGACUUGUUUUGUUUCUUACUGUGUGUAUAUAAACUAAUACUAAAAGUUUGGCAUAGUGUUUUUUUCACCUCCUUACAUAACCCCUAACAUGCACAGAAUGCUGUAAAUCUGAUAAAAUAUGAUGUGAAUGAUAUUUUAUAAAGUUAUUUUGUAUGGUGUCAAUUUUGUUUUGCCUCAUAGUAUGUCAGCAAAAAAUUAAAUAAAAGUCCUCCUAUUUA